AUGGAUCAAGACUCGUCUUCCUCGCGGGGCUUUCUCGGUCCGCUGUCAGAGGUGCCUCUGAACGUUGACUUGGAAUCAUGCCCAACAGCGACUCUCCAAGUAUCGCCAUUUCUGAACGACAAACAGCAAGAAGCAGGGAGCUCUAGCUCAAGUCGCCAAGAGCCUCAAGCCACGUCUGAAGCCCAAGAUGGCGGCCAGAAACUCCAGGGACAUCAAGCCGGUCUCAAGAGUAGUGGUCAUGAUACCAAAUGUGUCCCAGUGGAGGCUGUCGUCCGUACACAGCGCGACACUGAGGGAUUACAAGCAUGCUUGAAGCACCCCGACAUAUCUGAUAAUGCACAGCCCGCAUCUGGGACACAUUCAAGAGGGGUUGAGAACACAACCACAGGAGCCACAGCGACGUCUCCAACAACCUCACGAUCAAUUGCAAAACCUUCUUUGCUACAAUCCCAACCAGCCCCGGCGGCAGCUCCGUAUCAUAAGGACAACGACAUCAUCGGCAAGGAGCCAAAAAAGCUCAGUAUAGAGCUCUCCGGCUUGCAACCGGCAAAAGACACCACUUCCACAUCUAGCCAGUCUAACGAAUUAACUCCUCCUCGCAAGUCGCUACCCAGAACUUCCACUCUUCAAGUCCAGUCGGCGAAAGUAACCAACGCUUAUCUCUUAAGGCCAAUCCUCAACAGUACCAAGAAAACGAAUCUACCCUCAAGCGUUUCCAACUGGAUCACAAGGCCAAUCGUUAACAGCGCCAAGAAAACAAAUGUCCCCUCGAGCAUUUCCAGCUCUAUCAAAUUCCCUAAUCGAUCAUCAUCUGCAGCCUCUAGGAAGGCUUAUCAGGAGAAGAAGUCGUCAAAACCUUCGUCUUCAUCGGGUACGACUGCCCCACGCUACAAACAAGCAACUGGUUCAAGCGUUUCGAGCGUUUAUUUCAAGGGUAGCGGUUCAUACUAUACGCCUUUCGAUCCCUCCAACCGUGCAAUGGACGGUACAACGAGCACGGGAACUAAGAUACGCCCGUCGUCGGGCAGGGACCACCUGGAUUCAUCAUCCCAGCUAUCUCAGCCCGUCCCUGGAUUUCCUGAUCUCACUUUCAUGGGCCCCCGUCAGGAAACUCAGCUAGCCCACUCUGAGAGUUACGGAUAUGCCAGCCCUUUGAACCAGCCUCGCAAUAAAUUGGAAGAUCUCGAUCCUUCGGAGCAUACCCAAGAAACAUUGGAGGAUGACCGAGCGUCAAAAGACUCGGAACUGUCUGACGUCGAAAGUGUUGGUCCUCGGUCCUUUACCUCCAAUAGCACCGUCAGUGCCCUGGGUCGAUCUCCUGAGCUCAUUAUUGCCGAUAGUGACGACGACGACGACGACAACGACGACGACGGUCGGGUUAUUUACGAUGCUGAGAAGAACGACAUUGGCCGGGACGACAAUGCUCAUGCGGACCAACCUGACAACAAUAUGUCCGCUACAAAUAAAUCUUGUCCUCAUAAUCAACAUACCAGAAACUCAGCCCUUGAUGAUGCUCCCUACAAAAUUUGCAAAGAUCAGUUCGGCAACAUAAUCAAGACAGAAGGUGCACUAAUACCCGUCGGCUAUCAAUUAUUUGAUGGCGGUUUUCCGUGGAUAUGUCCUGUCCGGUCCUGCAGAACAUUGCACCCAUCGAUCAAAGCUUUGGGGAACCAUUUUAGCCAUGGACACAAAGGAGCUUGUUACAAUGAUAACCUGGAUGGUACUUUGACAUUCUUGGGUCUGUAUACCAAACUGCUGAACAAGCAACCUCCAAUCAUUGUUAGCAAGAAAGCCAUGAGCCUUGAUGACUCGCCAAUGCUCGAGCCGUCGCAUACCAUGGCAAACCAGUACAAGUACAGGGUCAGAUUUCCCGAGGAAACGUUGAAUGAGCACACGCCGAGGCGUGAGGCACAGAGCAAACAGGUUGUAUCUGGCCAGGCUAUCAUUGUCCUUCAAGGUCCUCCCCUACCAAAACCUGAAAAGAUUUUGACUAUGGCCGACCCAGAUCGUCCUUAUAACAUGUGGCCCGAUGCGACAGGGAAGCUUGAGCAACUCUAUGGUGGUCUGCUUCCAUCUGGAUGGACUCCUUACUACGAGUAUCCGAAGCGCCAGUGGAUAUGUCCAAUCCGGUCAUGCCAGUGCCUGAUGAAGAACCGGUAUCACUUUGGCCGCCAUUUCUUAACCCACCGUGGCUGUCACCUAAAUGACAACCUUGAUGGGACGUUUACCAUACUUCGCAGCCCAUCUCAAGCUCAGCUGGAUGAUAAGGAUUUUACCGACACACCCUCGGCUGUCGUCUCACGCCAGCCAUUAGACGAUGAACCCAUCCAAUCGCCAAAGAUCAGAAUCAAAGAUCCAUCAGGUACCCAGCCGAUUUGGGUCAGUCUCAGCUCGUAUCUGGCAUCCGUCAAAAGAGGGCAUGCGAAAGACGUCAAAGAAACGACACCCGAUCCAGUCCCGACAAAGAUUAGGAUUGUACAAUCAGGACCGAGGGAAACCAUAUUUAAACCAGUCAUGGAGGCUCACUCUGACGAGGAACUCACCAUGGCGACUAAGGAUCGGAAAUAUUCUUUUUGGUGGGAUGCGGAUCGGAAUCUCAAGGACACACGUGGUGCCAUGAUCCCAGAAGGGUAUGAGCUGGAUAAGACGUGGCCUGGUCGACCGUGGAUCUGCCCUAUCCGCUCUUGUCGAGUAGUUUGCAAGAACACUUGGAGUCUAGGAUCACACUUUACGGAGCUGCAUUCUUCGGUUAGCCUCAACGAUAACAAGGACGGUACGUUCUCCAUUGUAGGCACGCACCAACAUGGAGCACCCCGUGUGGUAUCAAAGCGCCUCGUCAGUCUUCAUAAGGAUCCAGUCGUCGAAGCAUGCCUUCCCGUUCUUAAGAAGGGGGAGAUCGAAGAGGAGGAGAGGAAAAGAAGCCAAAUGGGAAGUUCCAUGGACAAAGCCACCACGAACAAACCUGCCACGGACCCAGAAGAACUCUGGAAGUACUUAUGCAGCAUGGUCGACCGCGAUCUCUCGAGGCCGAGCCAUCCAAGCUUCGAGCAUCUCAUGGCCCUCCCCCGAAUUCGGGAUUUGAAUAUUAUCGACAAAAGGCUGGGACCGAGGCCCCUGAUGUGCUCAACGCUGGCAGUGGGUUUGGUUAUUCAAGUAACAGGAGUGGAAAGGCAGGCAAAGCAAUGCACAGCAUGCCGCCGCGGAGACGGUCCGUUCUACGAGUGUGUCAGCAUCUGCCCGGAACUUGCCCAUGAGAUAGCCGAGUCGAGUCCACCAUUAGUGACAUCGCCAAGCAAUCGUUGGUGUUGUAUGAACUGCGUACUCAAUAAGUCGCCCCAGAAGUGCAGUCUCAAGGGUUCUCUGCUGGAACGCUUGGAGGACGGUAGUGUGAAAGAAAACAUACCGCAAUGGAUGAUAUCUUCAGAACUACCUGCAGCCAUGGUCAAGCCGAAGGAUGUUUCUGUCGACGAUGAGGCGGAUAAGGAUGUUGACCUCUAUCGUCAAGAUGCAACCAGCUUCAGCUAUCGACGAUCUGGGCGUCUAAGGUCACAAGCUGAGGCCACGCCUUCCGAGCCACAGAAACGGCCGUUCGCUUCGACGGAUAUGGCGUCUUCCACUUCUCAGGCCGUUUCAAAUGCGCGGGAAGAGGAAGCAAGCUCUCUGCGAGGCUCGAAACGUAUUCGCGCCACACAGAACACCCCUCACCAAGAUCCUACACCGAGCGCGAUCCAAGAAUCCCUGGAAGUAGAGGACUGGGAAAGGGAAGCAAAAGCUAUCCCAAAACAAAACGGUUCCUCCGACAACCUCGCCCUCUCCUCCUCUUACAACCUCUCCACCCACCAAAACCCCUCAACCUCCUCCACCCAAAUCUGGUCCUCCCCUUCGUUCUCUCUCCACGUCAUCAAAAUCCCCUCUGGAGGCUCCCAUCACCUUCGAGCCACAUCAGACGAGCCGUUGUCGUCGCCAUCUUCCCGAAAACAACAGCAACAGACCCGCAUGUGCACGGUCAUUGCUGGGAAGCUACGCGUGAAAGUGAAAGUAGGUCUAGAGGGAGAGGAGGGUGAUACCGGUACGGUGUUCAAUAUCGGAUUGCAUGGGCUUUUCAAGCUGGGGAAUGAGAUGGAGUGUACGGUUGAUAAUUGGGGGUAUAGCGAGGCGGUUUUGCAGGUUGUUGGUGUUAAGGGGGAGUGACGCGUUAGUUAUUUUUGCUUGGUUGGCUGAAGUGUUUGGGAUAGGAGUUGUUGGGUUAUGUUGAGGUAUACGGUACGGGUUUGUCUGUUAUUGGAGAAUUGGACACAACGGACAAUGCUCGAAUGAGCACGCCACGGGUGGCUUGACUGGGUAGGUAUUUAUGAGGUGAGUAAGAGGUUGGGUUGGGUUGGGUCAUCAAAUGUCCUUUAUGGUCUCUUCCUUCACCAUGCGGUAAAGGGUGUCGGAGUCAACAUGUUUGGAAGGGUCUUGGUGUCCAGUCAUAGGGACCGUGUUUGAUACACACUUGGGGCGGGUUUACGCGCUUUGUUUGGGGUUUGCUUGGAUGAGUCGACCACAACGAACGUGAAGGGCUAAGAAUGAGCCGUACGAUGCUCGAAUGCAGGAAGAACGUAAUAGGAAAC